UAACAAAAGAAAUAUGGAAAAGCAGCAUAGCGCCUUGCAGAAUACGUGUUCAUUUUUCCUUUUAAUUUCUCAUCCACUCCCACAAAGUCAAGACCAUCAUAUAAUCCAAUCCUCAUUCCUCUCUCUCUUUCUUCUAAUAAAACCAAUAAUGGCAGCUUCCUCAACAAUCAUAGACACAUCAUCUAUGCAGAAUUCAAGUUUCUCUUUUCCAACUUCAUCUUCUUCAUUCAUGACUUCUUCAUUCACUGAACUUCUUGCUUCUGAUGAUUAUCCAACAAAGAGCAAAGGACUUGGUGAUAGGAUUGCAGAGAGAACUGGUUCUGGAGUUCCCAAGUUUAAGUCACUUCCACCUCCUUCACUACCCCUUUCUCCUCCUCCUUUUUCUCCUUCCUCUUACUUUGCUAUUCCUCCUGGCUUAAGCCCUACUGAACUCUUGGACUCUCCUGUUCUUUUGUCUGCUUCCAACAUUCUUCCAUCUCCAACAACAGGGACAUUUCCAGCUCAGGCUUUUAACUGGAAGAGCAGCCGCCAUCAGGGUGUCAAACAGGAAGACAAAAACUACUCUGAUUUCUCUUUCCAGCCCCAAUUUGGACAAUCUUUUCCAUCAGUCUCUCCGUCCCAAACUAAUCUUGUCCCUUUGAAGAAACAAUCAUGGAAUUAUCAAGAAUCAAGAAAUCAGAAUGAUCAAUCAUCUGAAAAUGCUAAUGGAAGAACUGAAUUCAACACUAUGCAGAGCUUGAAAAAUAAUGGUCAGAGCAACCAAUAUAACAACCAAUCAUCACAGAGUAUAAGGGAGCAGAAAAGAUCAGAAGAUGGGUACAAUUGGAGGAAAUAUGGGCAGAAACAAGUGAAGGGUAGUGAAAAUCCAAGAAGUUACUAUAAAUGUACUUUCCCAAAUUGUCCCACAAAGAAAAAAGUAGAGAGGUCUUUAGAUGGACAAAUUACUGAAAUUGUGUACAAGGGUAAUCACAACCAUCCAAAGCCUCAGUCUACUAGGAGAUCCUCAUCCACAGCUUCCUCUUUAACCGUCCAACCUUACAGUACACAAACUAAUGAAAUCCCAGAUCAUCAGUCAUAUGGUUCAAAUGCAACACCUGAGAAUUCUUCCAUUUCAUUUGGUGAUGAUGAUCAUGAUCAUGAGCAAAGCUCUCAAAAGAGUAGGUCAAGAGGAGAUGAUAAUGAAGAAGAAGAACCAGACUCAAAAAGAUGGAAAAGAGAAAGCGAAAGUGAAGGUUUAUCAGCACCAGGAAGCAGAACAGUAAGAGAACCUAGAGUUGUAGUUCAAACAACAAGUGAUAUUGAUAUUCUAGAUGAUGGUUAUAGAUGGAGGAAGUAUGGUCAAAAAGUAGUGAAAGGAAAUCCUAAUCCAAGGAGCUACUACAAAUGCACAAGUCCAGGAUGUCCAGUAAGAAAACAUGUGGAACGAGCAUCACAAGAUAUAAGAUCAGUGAUAACAACUUAUGAAGGAAAACACAACCAUGAUGUUCCAGCAGCUAGGGGCAGUGGCAUAAACCGACCUGUCGCACCAAACAUUACUUACAACAAUGGUGCCAAUGCCAUGGCCAUAAGGCCUUCUGUCACAUCUCAAAUUCCAUUGCAAAGUAUAAGGCCACAACAAUCUCCCUUUACACUAGAGAUGUUGCACAAGCCUAGUAAUUAUAAUGGUUUCUCAGGAUAUGUAAAUUCAGAGGAUUCAUAUGAAAACCAACUUCAGGACAAUAAUGUAUUUUCCAGAGCAAAGGACGAGCCUCGAGAUGACAUGUUUAUGGAGACAUUGCUCUGCUGAAUUGAAUUCUCUUGGUCAUCUUGAGAGUUCGAACAUGAAAUCGAAAUUUCAUAAAAGAAUAUGUUGGUUUCACUUCAUUUGUCAAUCCAUCAUAUAUCUACUUUUACAUUUUUGCGGGUGUGUGUACAUUUUGCCUAGGAAAUUUGCUGGUUGUAAAUUCAAUGAAAUGCAGUGUAGAAGCUCAUGUAUACUAUUAUGGGGUGUGUUCUUUAGGAUACGAAUGUAAAGCCCCAAUUCAUGACAUAUAUAUAUGACACUGAUUCUUUCUUUCUUCA